GUCCCGCCCCUGGCAAGGACACCAGGAGCUCUCCCCUCGGGCGCCUGCUCCGCUGAGCCCGGGUCUCCCGCUCCAGUCGCCCCCCAGCCACUCUGCAGAGCCCUGGCGCCAUGGCCACCUCGUCUGCUCGGCCUUCGCUCCUGGCCCUGACCGGACUGGUGCUGCUCCUUUUGCUGUGCCUGGGUCCAGGUGGCAUAAGUGGAAACAAACUCAAGCAGAUGCUCCAGAAACGAGAAGAACCUGUACCAGCCAAGACUAAUGUGGCUGUGGCUAUGGCUGAGCACACAGCAAAGGAAUUCCUGGGUGGCCUGAAGCGUGCCAAGCGACAGCUGUGGGAUCGCACACGGCCUGAGGUACAACAGUGGUAUCAGCAGUUCCUGUACAUGGGUUUUGAUGAGGCGAAAUUUGAAGAUGAUGUCAACUAUUGGCUAAACAGAAAUCGAAAUGGACAUGACUACUACGGUGACUACUAUCAGCGUCACUAUGAUGAAGAUGCAGCCAUCGGUCCCCGCAGCCCAGAAAGCUUCAGGCAUGGAGCCAGUGUCAACUAUGACGACUAUUAACCUCCCUUGAUGAGGUGCCCCAGAGCCUGUGCCUUGCUUCAGUAGGCCUUCUCCACCCACACUGUGUGAGCAUCAAGGGAUAAAGGAAGGAAUAUGCAUUUUAUGCAUGCGCUCAACAAUAUGUCUCAUUUAA